UCUCUCUCUCUCUCUCUCUCUCUCUAUAAAAGCAAGGUCACCCAGCAAAACUAUUCCCUUCAUCUCACACAGUAUAGUAGUACCCUUUUUAAUUAACCAUGGCUGACUACCCCUACUCAUCAAAUUUCUUCCCAGGUCUCUUCAAAUUCAACCCUCUUUAUCAACGUCACCAUGAACAGCCUCCAAACCCUCCUCCUCCUCCUCCUCCUCAUCCUUAUGCCCACAACUUUUUCCUCAACCAGUCUCACUCUUUUUACUGCACCACCCAACAAACUGUUACCUCUAGGCCCCCUUCCCCUCCUCUCAGAGAAGCCCUCCCUCUCCUCAGCCGCUUAAGCCCAACAAACCAACAACAGCAACAUCAUCUCCUUCAUGAAAAUCAACAAGAUCAUCAUCAGUAUAAAGAUCAAGAUGAGGAAGAAGAAGAUGAUGAUGAUGAGAGUGUGACUGUUGCACUUCAUAUAGGGUUGCCUAGCCCUAGUGCUGCUGAGAUGGCCUCUGUGCUGUCUGCUGCUGCAGUUGCUUCUUCCUCCUCAGAGAUUAGUACUCAUCAUCAUGAAAAAUUAGAUCAUGGGGGAGAUAAUGAUUCUGCAGGGUACCCCAUGAGCUGCAGGCUCAACAAGGGUCAGUAUUGGAUCCCCACCCCUUCCCAGAUUCUCAUUGGUCCUACUCAGUUCUCUUGCCCUGUUUGCUACAAGACCUUCAACAGAUACAACAACAUGCAGAUGCAUAUGUGGGGGCAUGGAUCUCAGUAUAGAAAAGGGCCUGAAUCUCUGAGGGGCACUCAACCAACAGGCAUGCUUAGGCUUCCUUGCUAUUGUUGCACACCAGGUUGCAGGAACAACAUCGAUCACCCUAGAGCAAAGCCGCUAAAAGACUUCAGAACCCUUCAAACACAUUACAAGAGGAAGCAUGGAAUCAAGCCUUUCAUGUGUAGAAAAUGUGGCAAGGCAUUUGCAGUGAGGGGGGAUUGGAGAACCCAUGAGAAGAAUUGUGGGAAGCUUUGGUAUUGCAUUUGUGGCUCUGAUUUUAAGCACAAGAGGUCCCUUAAAGAUCAUAUCAAGGCCUUUGGGAAUGGGCAUGCAGCUUAUGGCAUUGAUGGCUUUGAAGAAGAAGAUGAUCCUGCUUCUGAAGUGGAGCAAGAUAAUGAGUCCAUGCAGUAAUUACUUACUUGGAAGAGAAUUAAGAAACAUUAAGUAUUGUUCAUUAAUAUCAUUAGCAUAUGAACUUAAUUAGAGGGGUAAUAUUUAUUGACAUAGCCAUGGCUUUCUGAGUAAGAAGUAUGUAAGCAUCAUUUUGCUUAGAGGCCACCUUUUUUCUUCUUCUUUUUUUGCUCUUAUUAUGUAGCUCUUCUCUCAGUUCUGUAAGAGGUUCCAAAACAAAUCCAUGUUGACCAAGUAAUUUAUGUCAACCCAUUGUUCAUCAGCUAA